GUGGUCGCGGUCGUCUCUAUCCUCUUCAUCAUCGUCUCUACCCUCGGUCUGACGUUGAGCACUCUUCCCGAGCUUCAGGUCAACGUUUCGAUAGCUCGGGUCGAACUGGCCGCCGCGUCUUCCGCAAAAAUCACCAAUCCAGCUUCACUGCCCCAGCCUCCAGUCUCGACUGGCUCGAGCUUACCAUCGCCGGCACCGUUGACGGCAACCAUGGCAACGACACUGGCCCAUUCGGGUGAAGAGGCCAGCGGAGAGCUGCACAGUUUGGAGGAAAAUCCUCAUCUCGAGGUGCUCGAGCGCUACUGUAUCGCCUGGUUCACCAUCGAGUACGUCCUUCGUCUCUGGUCGACUCCGAAUCGUAUCAAAUUCCUCAAAGCCCCACUCAACAUCAUCGACUUAAUUGCUAUCCUGCCCUUCUACCUUUAUAUCGUCUUCUUCGAAGUGGCCGCUCGCCACAAACACGACUCCCUCUCCUCCCUUCGCAAGGCGGUACAGAUUUUUCGUAUCCUCCGAAUCCUACGCAUCUUCAAGCUGGCUCGCCACUCCACGGGCCUGCAAUCGCUCGGCUACACCUUUCGACGCUCCUACAAAGAACUCGGCCUUCUCAUGAUGUUUGUCGCCAUGGGAGUGCUGCUCUUCUCCAGUUUGGCCUAUUUCGCCGAGAAAGACGACAAUCCGCACAUGUUCCGCAGCAUCCCGGCCGCCUUCUGGUGGGCUGCCAUCACCAUGACGACAGUGGGCUAUGGCGACGUGUUGCCACGGACGCCGGUGGGCAAAGUGAUUGGUGCCAGUUGCUGUAUCUGUGGGGUGCUUGUGGUCGCUCUGCCCAUCCCAAUCAUCGUGAACAACUUCGCCGAGUACUAUAAAGAGCAGAUGCGUCGGGAAAAGGCUAUCAAACGACGCGAUGCUCUCGAGCGGGCCAGACGAACCGGCAGUUUGAUCUCGCUCUACGAGUCGACCAACGAGCUGGGCACAGAGUCGUCAACGGAGGCGGAGGCGAAAGUUGAGUCGGGUCUCGUGGCAGCGACGAAUGGACGAGAUGGCGAGACGCGACUGUUGAUGCCCGAGCCGGACGGCGAGGCGGAGACGACGUCGACGACGCGACUGUUGGCCCGUUCGACGGGCGCUUUCUGUCAGAGACGUUCGGAAGCUCUGCUCGGUCCGCCAAUGCGACUGCCACUGGGCGCUUUGAGCAAGUCGAGAAGCCAAUUCGCCGGAACAGCGUCACGGGCAUCGUUGCCGUCGUUCUUGUGCUCCGCGUCGCUGUUGCCCACCGACAGAAUCGGCAGACGAGACGGUCAUAUUCGGGAUCGCGAAGGUAGCUUGUUGCAGAGCAGAGGGUCAACUGUGGAACAUCGCUCCGUUUGUGAGUCUAUUCUGUCCGCACUGGUCAAGGUCAAUCCGUACGCGGAGGCCAUGACGACGUGUCCAAACGACGCGGCCUCGACGAAAGAGACCGCUGAGACGAGGACAUGUGGAGCAUGUGUCGGCGCUAAGGAAGUGGGCGAGCCGAAGCAGAGGUCGGAGGAGCAGCAAGAAGACAAGUCCGCCGCGAAGACGAAACAGAAGUGGCUGUGCCACGGAGCGCCCGUCGAGUCGAGGGGCCGACUGCGCCAAUUGUCGAGCUUCACGGGACUGGGCUCGAGUUCCGCACCUCGGCCGAAGCCGAAGCCGAGGCCGGUCGAUCUGACCAGGUCAGAGGGUGGCCGACGACAGAGAGCGGUUUCCCUGAACGCUGUCUACCCGAGACGUCUGUUCGACCCGGGCGAUCCGCGCCACGCAGACCAGCAACACUCUGCGGCCCGGCAAGGCUCGAGGCCGAGUCUGGCCUCUGCCAUGUCUGCUCAUUGUCACUGGCGCCGGGCCGGUCCGUGA